UGGUGUGUAAUUUUGUGAAUAGGUUAUGUUGGAAAGAGUGAAUAAAAAGUUAAAAAGUAACAGUGUUGGUUAAUCAAGUUCUGUAUUCUGUCUGUGUUUUGUUUGCAAUAUUUCAAGAUUUUUCAAAAAAAUUAUGCUUUAAUAGAUCGUAAAAUAUUAAGUUUUGUAGUUUUUCUAAUAUGUUCAUAGAUUGUCAAUUCAAUUGAGUUAUCAAUUAUUUAACAAUGGAAGCCAACAUUGAAAACAAAGAUAUAAAUAAUGUUAAAGAUCCUUUGGAGGAGAAUGAAGAAAUUAUAAACAGUGAUAAUUCAAAUGUACAAGAAAAUGUUGAAGAAUCCAACAUUAUCGAGAAUGAUAAUCCUGAGAAUGACCAGGAAAAAGAAAUUGAUGAUGACGAGUUAGAUUCUAAGAAACCAGCGGAAGAUGUUGAUAGUAAAGUUGUAAGGCCUACUCGUUUACCCAUAUCUAGGAUAAAAUCUAUAAUGAAAUUCGAUGAAGAGCUAAAUGCUGCUUCUCAAGAGGCAGUGUUUAUUAUAACAAAGGCUACGGAGCUAUUCAUCGAAGAACUCAGUAAAGAAACGUAUCAAUUCACAUUGGCGAACAAGAAGAAGACUCUACAGAAGAAAGAUGUGGAGAAUGCAUUUUGGAGUCAGGAACAUUUCACAUUUUUGGAUGGAUGUUUUAAUGAAUAAGUGAGUUUUUAAUAUUUUGUAAAAUAAAUUGUACAUUGUUGAAAGUUAUAAUAUCAAAUCUGUCCAACCUUUUUUCAAGUAUUUUUAUGUAAGUAUUUUUACUGAGCACAAAAUAAAACUGUCUCAAAAUUCA